ACAGUCUCUCUCUCUUUCUCUGCUCGCGCCCCCCACGCGGGGCAAGCGUUCCCAAAUCCGAAGCGAGAGCGCAGGCGAAACGAUGGCUGCCGCGGCCCCGCCAGCCGCCACGCAGAGCACGAGAGAGCCGCUUGACACGGACAUGCUUGGUCGCACUUUCCACGCGUCGACGUGAUGCGGUAAAUUUCAUCCUCGACGAAGGCCGCCGCCGUUUGGGCAGACGGGGAAUCUUCUUUCGCCUCCGUCUCCGUCGCGACGCGAGGGAGCUGUGUUGUGGCCCGGUCCAGAGCGACCCGGAGGCCCCCCCGACCGGAGACGAGCGCAUCUCUCGGCGCUGCACCUAGCGAAGGACGGGUGGGUACUGGGGGGUGCCGCGAGUACGAAAGCAUCCCUCCAUCCCGGAGCGCCCCUCUCUCUCCCCUUCAUAUUCUGCCCCGUCUCAUCCCCAUCGUACGCCAGAGCUACGGGGCUCCGGUCUAGCCGGGGACCAAGAAAGUGGGGGGAGGGGGGAGGAGGAGGCGGGAGUCGAGGUUCGUCGUGGCGCUUCUCCCCGCGUGCGGAAGCCCGGCCUGAAGCGCCUCUCCGUCGGAACAUGUCGUGGGAGUAGUACGUCUCAAAGCGGAAGAUGGGGAAGGACCAGGAGCUGCUGCAGGCGGUCAAGACCGAAGACCUGCUCACCGUGCAGAAGCUGCUGCAAAGGCCCCGGCCAGGGAAAGCAAAGUUACUUGGGUCUGCAAAGAAAGUCAACGUCAACUUCCAGGAUACGGAUGGAUUUUCCCCUCUGCAUCAUGCGGCCCUCAGCGGGAACAUGGAACUUAUUACACUGUUGCUGGAGUCGCAGGCAGCUGUCGACAUCAGAGACCAGAAAGGGAUGCGGCCGCUGCACUACGCAGCCUGGCAGGGGAAGGCGGAGCCUAUGAAGAUGCUCCUAAAAUCCGGUUCGUCGGUCAACGUCCAAUCAGAUGAAGGGCAGAUUCCGCUCCACUUGUCGGCGCAGCACGGCCAUUACGACGUGUCUGAAAUGCUGCUGCAGCACCAGUCCAACCCCUGCAUUGUGGAUAACGCAGGCAAAACACCCCUGGACCUCGCCUGUGAGUUCGGCAGAGUUGGGGUUGUCCAAUUAUUGCUGUCGAGUAACAUGUGCGCCGCUCUGCUGGAACCCAAGAAAGGAGAUGCCACGGAUCCCAACGGCACGUCUCCUCUACAUUUGGCUGCCAAGAAUGGACACAUUGACAUCAUUAGACUGUUGAUCCAGUCGGGAAUCGACAUCAACCGACAGACCAAAGCGGGCACUGCCCUGCAUGAGGCGGCCCUCUGCGGCAAGACCGAGGCCGUCCGACUCCUGCUGGAAAGUGGUAUCAAUGCCACGGUGCGAAACACUUACAGCCAGACUGCGCUGGACAUCGUGUAUCAGUUCACUGCAACCCAAGCCAGCAAAGAAAUCAAGCAACUACUCCGGGAUGCGUCGGCGGCUCUUCAGGUUCGGGCUUUGAAAGACUACUGCAACAAUUACGACUUAACCAGCCUCAACAUCAAAGCGGGAGACGUCAUCACGGUGUUGGAGCAGCACCCCGACGGACGUUGGAAAGGCUGUAUCCACGACAACCGAACCGGAAACGAUCGGGUGGGCUACUUCCCCUCCACCAUGGUGGAAGUCAUCAGCAAACGAACAGGUUUGGCCAGCACAGUCAUUUGCACUCAACAGUUUCAAAAGAUACCGCUGGUUGCCCCGGCGACGGUUGCCCCCGCCAACGUGGUAGUCAACGGCAACGACACCACGUUCCAUCAGAUCCAUAUCCUGCCUCCACCGCCUCCUCCUCCACCACAUUCCCAUCAGCCACUGCUUCCACUUUUCACUUCCUUUGGCUAUAACAGGUCGCCCGUGACAACCCCACAGGGAGACACACCCACUGCCCCAGGUUGCCGCGGUUCAGAGGCAAGUCCUCACGGUUCCCCCACCACCUCCUGUGGGCCCCACGGAGGCUCCAAUGAAGAUAUCUGGGUACUGCGCAAGCCUGUGGCAGGUGGAGACCGCAGCAGUUUAGGGAGUUCUGGCAGCGUGACCAGUGUGAGGUCAUCGGGCAGCGGUCAGAGUGCCGGAAGCGCCGCGCACAUCCUCCAUGCGCAGGCCGAAGGGGUGAAGCUUCUCGCCACAGUCUUGUCGCAAUCUGCCAAAGCCAAGGAACAUUUACUGGAGCAGUCCAAGUCUGUAGACCAGCCCGCAGUCGGUUCCGCCGCUUCUUCUCGGACAUCGAGCCUAUCGGGCUGCCCUCUCCACGAAGCGCCGCCUUACGAUGCCGCAGCCAACAGGAAGGGGGAGGCGCCGGGCGAGGGGAAGAGCUCAGAGGCAGUUGUCCAAUGGCUGAGCGACUUUCAGCUGCAGCACUACGCUCCCAACUUCCUGGGCGCCGGGUAUGACUUGCCCACAAUUAGCCGAAUGAGCCCCGAGGAUCUGGCAGCCAUUGGAAUUACUAAACCAGGUCACAGAAAAAAGUUGACAACAGAGAUCAGUAAACUGAGUGUCACAGAGUGGCUGCCUGAACAGAAACCUGCCAAUCUCGGAGAAUGGUUAUGCGCUAUUGGUCUGAGUCAGUACCACCAAGUAUUGGUGCAGAAUGGUUACGAAAACAUCGACUUCAUCACGGACAUCACUUGGGAGGAUCUACAGGAAAUUGGCAUCACUAAACUGGGCCACCAGAAGAAGCUGAUGUUGGCCGUGAAGCGUCUCGCCGAAAUGCAGCGCAACUCCGAUGGACGUGGCUCCCUCCGGAAGAAGCCCCCACCAAUCGCGCACCAGCAGGAAGUGAUGUCAGUGGAAAGCCCGCCGCCAGAUGAUGCCAUGUCUCCAAAAAUGAGCACCUUUCAGGACAGCGAGUUGAGUAGCGAGCUGCAGAACGCCAUGAGCCAUUCGGCUCAGGAGGUCAAAGCGCCGCCGACGCGCGGUCCCAACAAGGAUCCCGAUGAGUUCAACUGCGGAGGAGCCGCACCGCCGAAGAAGGAGGCGAGAACCAUGAGGCAGCAAAGCAGUCAAGGAAGCGCCCCCUCCCACAGAAGCGGCGUGUCCUCUCAAGGCAAACACCGUCACUCCCACUCGCACUCUCAGCCCGCCCCUCCCUACACGCCGCCCCACACCCCGACCAAAACCAGGACGUCAUCGUCGUCGUCCGCCUCCUCCGUCCAGAGCGCGUCGUCUCCCCAGUCCAAACGCAGGGUGGAAACGCCUCCGUCGCCCCGCUCGCACCCCCCUCAGUCUCCGAACCAUCGUGGCGCUCCGGUCCAGUCGCCGCUGCAGAAUCGAAUCCAGCCGCCGCACGAGAUGGGGGAUUGUGCGCAGGCGCCGCUGCUCCGCCUCCCGCCCGAGGAUGAGCUCGCGGACGGCGACGACGCGGAUCUCCAGAAGAAGCGGGCCGACGGUCUCAACCGGCACGCCGCGUCGGACGGCGAGUGUGACGAGAGGACGGCGGCCGGAAAAGGCCGGGCUGGGGAAGGCCAGACCGCCGCGGGCCAGGGGUCAAAUGUCAGAGCAGAAGGCGGUAAAUACGCCACGGUCACCCACCGCGUCGGCCGCAGCCACUCGGUCCGCAACCAGGACAAAACGGUUACUCGCAAUCAGCCGCAGUCCAUCACCCUGCGCCAGAAGAAAAAAGGGCCUCCCCCGACACCUCCCAAACGCUCCAGCUCGGCCAUUUCGACCUCCAACUCCAACCUGGCGGAAGGCGGCGCGCCGCCGCAAGCGCCGACGACGGCCGACGGCAUGCUGGAUGUGCCUUACCGCCAACAACGGCGGGCCAGCGACUUGGGAGUUUCCGUGGAAACGGGAGCCGUGGACACAAACAGCAUGGGGAGCGUGAGGAGCAUUGCCGCCAUGCUGGAAAUGUCUUCUAUAGGGGGCGGAGCCAAAGGGAUGGCCCUGCAAAAGAACUUCCUGCAGGCGGGGAAAACACGUGAAACCAUCGGUCUGGACGGUGAAGUCGUGAACCGACGACGGACCAUUAGCGGGCCCGUUAGCGAGCUCGUGGCGGCCGCCAGGCGCGACCAGCCGACGCUGUCCGUCGUCUCCCAGCCUGAAUCCUCCCCGCCCCCUGUAACGUCAUCCUCCCCCAAUCCAAGCCCCGGAGCAAGUGGCAGUUCUUCGGAAAACCUGCCGUUUGCGGAGGAGGGAAGCCUGACUAUUCGUCGACAAGGUCGAGGAGAAGGACAGUGUGUAUUUUGUGUCUGUCUGCAGAGUGACGGCGAGGGACCGCAGAGGGACGCCGGCGGGUACACCCAGGAAGACAUCUCCCGGGUGGAAGCCACGGCAACCUUAAAGCGCCGGCCCCGCGGCUCCAAGAGCCACCCCAACGGCUCUGGCUUCACCCUCCAGGAGUCGUCCACCGUCAAACGCAGACCCAAGAGUCGCGACAAGGAACCGGAGGGAUACGCGGACCUCGCCGGGCCGAAUGGAGAUCUCCUGGGUCGGGAGCCGCCCAACACCGCGCAACCGCUACCGUACCAGAACGGCACGGCCACCGUGAAGCGCCGGCCCGUUUCCGACGCCGGAGUGAUGGAGCAACCUCAACCGCAAACACGCCCGCAAGAUGAUCCGCAAUCGCCGGUGAGCGCCGCUUCUCAAAGGGACACUUUGGACAAAGGAGUUCCUGCGGGCAGCGAAGAAGCGCCAGUGAAAAAACCAAAGCCGCCGGUCUCCCCAAAGCCAGCCGUGGCGCAGAUCAAGAGGCAAGGAGUCCCGCAGAACAGCCCGCAGCCGGCCUCGAGCAAAAGGGUGCCUCUACCGGGACCGGGGACACCUGGCAGCCCAGUGGAAGGAAAAAAGAUCCCUCCUCCAGUCUCGCCAAAACCCGCCCCGCCACCCACAGCGCCGAAGCCGGCCAAACUGAUCCACUCCAUGACCAGCCCCCCCUCCCCGACCCCGACUCCGGCCACGCCUCCGGCAAAGCUGCACCCGAGCGUGGCCCGGCAGAGCAGCUCGCCGCCCUCGCUCCCCAAUUCCGACACCCCCAGCCCACCGAACGUCAAGUUACCAAGCCCUUCCGCGCAGAGUCCGCAUACCCCACAGACGCCCACCACGCCGCAGACCCCCGCCACUCCCAGCCCGCCGGUCAAGCCCCCCCGCUCUUCCAUCGGUGGCGUAUCUGUGGACAGCGGGAUGACGGCCCUCGGGAUGAAUACGCCGGCGUCCUCGGCGACGGACUUUGGUGUCGAGUCUUUGGCGCAUCAGAAGCUGGAGGAGACGAGCGCGUCGCUCGCCGCCGCCCUGCAGGCCGUGGAGGACAAGAUCUUGCGUCAGGAGGACUCGGAACAAAAAACCACCGUGAGCAUCCUCGACGACAUCGGCAGCAUGUUCGAUGACCUGGCCGACCAGUUGGACGCCAUGUUGGAGUGACCGGUUGGCAUGUCGCCUUGGCAACGCUGCGCCCAAAGUGACUCGGAUGGACGCGACGGGGCAAAUCCGGCUCCCUUUCCCUUUCGUCGCUCUUUUUCGUCAGCCUUCGCCGAUGGACUUGGCCCCCCCUCUUCCUGUCUUCUGCGCCUCCUGUAGCCGCCAAUCGCCCUCUACAGGCGGAACGAGGGAAAACAAUACACGGGAAGAAGAAGAGCAACAAGGAGAGGGAGCCUGGCCAUCAAAAUAGGCGUCAUCCUUUCCACUUUAAACUAAUUGCGAUUGAAAAAGCAACGGUGUGACGACCCGUCGUACGGUACGUGUACAUUCUACGCAUGGAGAGUUUAUAUCUACUGAAAAAGUCCUGCAUUAGCACAGUGUUAUAUCAUCGUCGACAGAUAAUUAUGACGCUCUCGCUCUUUGGAUCCAUGUCUCGGUUAUGUGUGGAAUUCGGACUUCUGGUGUUUUGACCAUGUAGAACGAUGUAAUCUCUGACCAAGACCAGACCGGUUAGCUCCUAAAGUGUGUGUGUGUGUGCGUGUGCGUGUGUGUGUGUGUGAGAGAGAGAUUGGUAAGUGUGCAUGUGUGCGUCAGGGUUUGCGUUUUGAUUUCCUUGAGCUCACCUUUAACGUAUCCACUCACACGUGCAAACGUGGAGAAGCACAAGGGCCCGUGCGGACACAGGAGCCUGCACAAUUCACACAUGGACGUGAGCAAAUCGAGGGCUACAGCAGGUUUGUCCUUGAGGAAAUAAAUGUUAGGUUUUACAAAGAAAAAGAUUCCGGGAUGCAUUUGAAAAUGAUAAUAAAAUACAAAGUGUUUAGUUCAAUGAAGGUGAAAGGCAAGCAUCGUCCUCGUGAAGCUUCAGCUGAAGCUUCAGCUAAUCACCGACCCCUGCUGAUGUUAUACGGAUAGGAUGAGCGCUUCAUUUUUCUUCCGAUUUCUAGUCUGAAAGCGUUCACGUGGUAGAUCGAAGGCGGCUUUUAAGCCAGUCGUGCGGAUGAAGAAGACCACAUUUCACUCACUUUUUCCAGAAUACUGAAUUGAAUUUAGCGUGUUGGUACACUUUGACAUAUCAUCUUUCCAUAUCAAUCCGAGUAAAAUAUAUCUCGGAUUGGACCCGUCCGUGUAUUUGUCUCGAGGAAACAAACGCUUGUUCUCGUUCACUCUUUUCUUUUUCAUCCCACACGCUGACAAGCGCUCGCCCUGUGUUGCCAUGACAAUCUGCUUCAUCAUCAUCAUCAUCAUCCCCGCCAUUUUAAAUAGAGCUGCUGCGGUUUCAGCGCAAUAACAGUGUUGAUGGCUUUAGAAAUAAGUUAGGACGGUUAGAGGCAGCAGAGAGCGGUGACGAUGGACGCGGUUUGUUUGAGCAACUUUAAUGACGUAUUCCCUUACAUGACUAUAUUUAUAAUAAAUGAUUUUUUUUUAGGCGCAUGUGGUGCUAGGAAAAACAACAAAAUUGCUGCGUAAAACCGGCGGAGUACCUCUUGAAUUGCUCAAUCUAACCACUCAUACAGAGCAUCAUUUAAAUAAUAUAGAGAUUACAAUGUAUAGAGAUAUUUGCAACCAAAAUAGAAAUGUAUUUAUGAUGUAUGUGUCAACCUGAAGACUAUUUUUCAAAGUUAACAGAUCGAAUCUGAGUGUUCAAUCGAGUUGCUCUCCAUGCUUCGGCGGUGCGAGCUGAUGAGUCGUCAUCCGGUUCCUUGUUGCCUGCGUGUGUUCAAUUGUCCCACUGUAGCGUCGUGUGUCGAAUACAUGCAACACUUCUUCGCAAUCCUUCUCGUUUGGCUUUCAAACCGGUAGGUACUUGUUUUUCUUUCAAACAUGUGCCUUGCUUGUUUGUGACUUUGCUUUGACUUCGAGUACAUUCGAGUAUGACCCACAGCCGGCUCCUUCUUCAGGAUGACAUAUUCGACAUUUUCUCAUCCGACCUCAAGGGACCGUGUCGAAUAUGCUCCCUCGAAACGAGCCCCCAAGGUGACCUGGAAAAAAAAACGGAUUUCCUCGCAAAGGUUUGCGUUCCCUCGCAUUUAACUUUCAAAUUGGCGUGAAAUACAAAGGCAUCAAAUCUGUUCGCGAUUUUUAAUCAGAAUUGAGCGAGUUAGACGACAGUUGCCAACCUGACGCGGGAAUAGUUGAACGCGCAUUUUUAAACAGGCGUCUCCGUACGAUUUCACCUGUUGCAAAGACAACAAAAAACAACAAAAAUGUUGGUUGCGAUUUUUUUCUUCUCGAUGCAGGGUCAACAAAUGUACUGUACCCAUCACCCACACGAAGAAAGAAAAAUGCUUAAAGGGAAUUACUUGCCUUACGUUCAUACCAGUGUUCUUUUAUCCGGUAAAGUUGCAGCUGUCCCUCGGACGCUGUUGGUUUCAAAAUGUUGAACAUGUUCUGCGCCCGCUUGGUUCUCAUUGCUGUUCUGGGUUUAUUUGAAGGCAUGUUGGGGUUGGGUGG